AUGCGGCGCCGGCGGGCGGCCGUGGCCGCGGGUUUCUGCGCCUCCUUCCUGCUCGGCUCCGUCCUCAACGUGCUCUUCGCACCGGGCUCUGAGCCUCCGCGGCCAGGCCAGUCCCUCGGGCCCUCGCCGGCCCCCGGUCCGGACCGUCGCGGGGGCCGCGGGGAGCUGGCCCGGCAGAUUCGGGCGCGCUAUGAGGAGGUGCAGCGCUACUCCCGCGGGGGCCCGGGGCCCGGGGCCGGCCGGCCGGAGCGGCGCCGCCUGAUGGACCUGGCUCCGGGCGGGCCAGGCCUGCAGCGCCCCCGGCCCCCACGGGCCCGGCCCCUGCCCGACGGCGCCCCGGGCUGGCCCCCGGCUCCCGGCCCAGGCUCCCCACGGCCGGGCCCGCGCCUGGGCUGCGCCGCGCUCCGCAACGUGUCCGGCGCGCAGUACGUGGGCUCCGGCUACACCAAGGCUGUGUACCGGGUCCGCCUGCCCGGCGGCGCCGCGGUGGCGCUCAAGGCAGUGGACUUCAGCGGCCACGAUCUGGGCAGCUGCGUACGCGAGUUCGGGGCACGGAGGGGCUGCUAUCGCCUGGCGGCCCACAAGCUGCUCAAGGAGAUGGUGCUGCUGGAGCGGCUGCGGCACCCCAACGUGCUGCAGCUCUAUGGCUACUGCUACCAGGACAGCGAGGACAUCCCCGACACCCUGACCACCAUCACGGAGCUGGGCGCCCCCGUAGAGAUGAUCCAGCUGCUGCAGACUUCCUGGGAGGACCGAUUCCGAAUCUGCCUGAGCCUGGGCCGCCUCCUGCACCACCUGGCCCACUCCCCGCUGGGCUCAGUCACACUGCUGGACUUCCGUCCUCGGCAGUUUGUGCUGGUGGACGGGGAGCUGAAAGUGACAGACCUGGAUGACGCCCGCGUGGAGGAGACACCGUGUGCGAGCAGCGCAGACUGCGUACUCGAGUUUCCAGCCCGGAACUUCACCCUGCCUUGCUUGGCCCAGGGCUGGUGUGAAGGCAUGAAUGAGAAGCGGAACCUCUACAAUGCCUACAGGUUUUUCUUCACAUACCUCCUGCCCCACAGUGCCCCACCCUCACUACGGCCACUGCUGGACAGCAUCGUCAACGCCACAGGAGAACUCGCCUGGGGCGUGGACGAGACCUUGGCCCAGCUGGAGAAGGUGCUGCACUUGUACCGGAGCGGGCAGUAUCUGCAGAACUCCACUAUGGGCAGCAGAGCCGAGUACCAGCGUAUCCCAGACAGCACCAUCCCCCAGGAGAAUUACCGCUGCUGGCCCUCCUACCGUCAUGGUAGCUGCCUCCUUUCGGUGUUCAGCCUGGCUGAGGCUGUGGAUGUCUGUGAGAGUCAUGCCCAGUGCCGGGCCUUUGUGGUCACCAACCAGACCACCUGGACAGGUCGGCAGCUGGUCUUUUUCAAGACGGGGUGGAGCCAAGUGGUCCCUGAUCCCGACAAGACCACCUACGUGAGGGCCUCUGACUGACCUCUCUGAGGGCUCAGCUGACCAGCUGACCUUCCUGCCCGCUGGGCGUGUCUGUGGAAGGAGAGACUCGAACCAGGAGCACUCGUUGUCACCUUGGAACCCCUGCAGACAAGGCUGACAUCCGAGACAGACCGACGUGACCAGGACAAAUGUGCAAUAAUGCAAAAUGUUAAAAUGUGAGUUUACCAGCCUAGAUAUGGACUGCUGGGUCCAGGGCCAGGAAUCCUGAGGCACUGACUGCCUCUCCAGCCCUCUGGGCUGCAAGCAAGGCACAGGCUAGCCUCCCUCUGGGGAGCUGUGCCCCUCACUGGGACAAUUCCGUGGGCAGCCCCAUCACUGUGUUCAUAGUGUGAGAAUGUAGCCAAAGCCCCGCUGCCACUGCUGCUGCUGCUACACAUGCCAAGGUGGGUGGAGGGCUGCGUGAGGACAAUCGGUCACGGAGGGUUUUCUCCACCGAGCUCCAGACAGGAGACUUGUCUGGGAGCUGCUCCAGGGCGUGGGUGACUCUGGCCUCCCGACAGGGGGCGCUCAUGGGCCAGCCCAGGGGGCAGUGGCAGAGGAGCACACACCCAUAUGAGCCGAGACUUGGGGUUGAGGAGCAGGUUGCAGGUUGAGCCAGGACCUGGGGCGGGGGUGGGGCCAGGGCCUUUCUGCCUCAUUUGCUUUCAGUGAAAGCAGCUCGGCAGCUGAGACCAGGCUCUCCCCCUCCUAGAGUUUGUAUAUCCGGAAGCUUUUGUAUUUCUUGUUCAUUAAAUUGUUUAUUUUUGUAAAAAAAAAGAAAAAAUAUAUAUAUAUCAUUCAAUUAAUAAAAUGACGUUUCACCGCAGUCUUCCCAAGCCACGGUUUCUUGGGCUGUGACUUACUCGUCCUCAGUUAUGUCUUUGGGGGUAGGUGUGUGUGUAUGUGUGUGUGGCUAUGUGUGCACCCUGAGGGAUGACCUUUGGGGAGUGAAAUCUCAGAGGCAAGCACUGAGAUCCGUAAAAUGAGUUUUCAGGCCCUGCUCGCACAGUGCCCUCGUUCCUCCUCAGCCCCCACAUUCGUGUCCCAACAUAAGAGCACCCCUGAGGAGGUUCGUAGUUUAGCACAGGGCUUCUGGUAGUCAAGGCCUUAGCCCAAAGGAACAGUGCCCUAAUGGUGGGCUGUCAGCCAUCUGGAUUAGUUGGUGGAGAGAUACUUUCAUGGAGGAGACAUCGGAGGACACCCAGCAACCCCCACCAACCAGGCCAGCUUUGCCUUUGCUCGGGGUGGACCUGGCCCUCACCACCGCCCACCACAAGAUGCCGAGGGCACUUUUUUAAACUCUCUGAGCAGAAAAGAUAUGGCAAGUGGGGAGAGAGGAAGGUCUAUGUAGAGAGCAGCUCCCUCUGUCUGGAUUUUAGGAGGGGAGGUGUAGUAGGGGAAGGUCCAAGUGUGUGAAAGCCCAGAAUGAAAACAGACCUCAGGGUUCAAGAUCACAUUGAGGCUGGAGGCAGCCCCAACAUGAAUGCAGGUUUUUGACUCAAAAUUCCACACCCUCUCUCCUAUAUACCAUUUGGCUUCUAGAACAUUCUUAAAGGACACAAACAUUUGAGACCUUAAAGUAUAAUCAGACUUUGUCUCAGAACUUGAUUUCUCCUCAACAGAUGGGGUUGGCAUAAUUUUUCACAUGCAAGAUGGCCCUGUAGUUCUA